GUGUGUACAUAUAUAUAUAUAUAUACAUAUACACUUGAGCUAAAUCUGGGAGAAGCCGUCUGUCAACCUUCUUCACUUCACUCACAACGCACAGCAUCACUCCCUGCUCCGGCCGUUCCUGGUGCAGGUGUUUCCUGUGAGCGAACUUCGCAAUUGGUUCGCACGUUAUUGAUGAGGCGGCCAACAGAGUGGGUUCGACAUGGCUCUGUCCGGGACGGUGCUCCCGUCCAUCACCACGUUCACCACCAACACGAGUGAGAAAAGCGUGGAGAAAUCCACGGGACAGACGUUCGGAAGCAACAGAUGGGGAGAUGAGAUGGCACAUUUAAGGAGGACUAUGGAAAUGGACAGUCACCAUUCUGGAUUUAGAAAGGAGGACGAGGAGUUGAGCGAACUUUUAGACUUGGAUUUUAUUUUAUCCAACACCAUGAGUUCGGAGCCGAUGCCCAGCGCUGCGAGCAACUUCAGUUACCCCACACCGAGCGCACCUGGACAUGCCAACGAGAUGUACCAAAGGGACUCUUGUGCAAACUACAACCUAACGGACAUCAGCGAGGCCCCGCUUCCCGGCGGCAGCUUUGUCGCUGAGCUUCUCAGACCAGACUUGGAUCCCAGUUACUGCCAUCUCAGUAGCCUCCACGGCAAGUUUGUGCUCAGGACCGCGACCGACGCGCCGGACUACAGCCAACCCCUGAGCGUCGCCAAGCCCGGCUCUGGCAUGGCGGGCGCUGCAGCUCUGGCCCAGGCGGGGCACGUCCAUCGGAUGUGCCAGAAGAUCAAGCUGGAGCCCGGGCUCAGCGCCUCCUGCUCCGGCUCGGGGAGAGCGGGGGACACCCGCGUCCCCGGGAGCGGCCAGAGACACCCGUGCAGAGGAGCAGCGAGGCACCAGCAGCAGCAACACCAGCAGCAACACCAGCAGCAGGAGUUCCCCAGGAGGGUCACCUCGCCCAUGGCUGCGAGAGAGAUGAUCAGCAACGAGUGUCUGACUGCACCUCGCAUCCUGGCUCACCAAGGACCGGCCCAGGCCGUGCCACUCCAGCCAGGCUUCCCCCCUCCUGCCGGCAGCUUUGCACACUAUCAGGGACAGCCUGCGAUGCAGUAUCAAGAGCUCAUCUCGCCGGGGUACACACAGCAAGAGGAGAUCAAACCCAAGAGAGGACGAAGGUCCUGGCCCAGGAAAAGGAUAGCAAUUCACAUGUGCGAAUAUACGGGCUGUGGGAAAACUUACACCAAAAGCUCACACCUCAAAGCUCACCUCCGGACGCACACAGGUGAGAAGCCAUAUCACUGCGAUUGGGAAGGUUGUGGUUGGAAGUUUGCUCGCUCUGAUGAGCUGACUCGUCACUACAGAAAGCACACCGGUCACCGUCCCUUCCAGUGUCAAAAGUGUGACAGAGCAUUUUCCAGAUCUGAUCACUUGGCUCUGCACAUGAAACGGCACUUGUAAAAACAGGCGAGAAACUCCUCCAAGCCUUCAGCAUGUAAAUAGAAUGACAGCUUUACUGCCUUCCAAUCUACCGGGGCACGUAAAGGACAUUGAUCUGCCCACCCAUUUUUGUUAAUCAUGUCUCAUAAAUAUAAUAGUCUGAAAGUGGAAUCUCAUCGGUGGAGCAACGGAUUAAAAACUUCAAGACUCACUGAAAUGGGCUUGAGCGGGUGCUUUCUGUCUGAUCAGAUAUCAUUGAAUGACUGGAAACUGGGAAUCUUGGUAAAGCAGGCUCUUUGGAAUUAUAGAUUUUUUUUUAAGCUCUGACUAUUUUCAGUUCCAUGUGGAUAACCAGCUGGUGACUAUUUCAGUUCAAAAGACUUUUUAUUUUCCUAUAAGGGAAGUCAGGUACAGAAAUGCUUUUAUAAAGGCCCUGAUGUGAUGGUGCUCGGUAACUUUCUUUCAGAGGUACAAAAACUGAUAUGAAAACUAUGCAACAAUCCUGCCACUGGAUAAGAAGAUAUACAAAUAACUUCAGGUCUACGGUGUUGCCAAAGGUCAGGUAAACGUUUCUCGUUCACACAGAAUAAAUAUGACACUGUGGUCUCAUUGUGCAAUAAUUAUUUUAUUCUAUUCUAUGCUUUAACGCCGAACAAAUUGCAUUUCUAUAUUGUAUGCAACAUCAUAUUUUAUCUAAUGUACAUUUAUGACAUUAGUUUUGUACAUUUGUAAAUAAGGAGUAAACAUUUACUGUGGUUUGGAUUUUGCAUAUAAUGUUUUUGAAAAGAAGAAAAAGUAAUAAACUUAAAAUGUCCA